CGCUUUAUCUCCCUUGUUUGUUGCCAUUUCCGUUUCGAAUGACGCUUCAACGGAAUGUUUUGUCAAGUUCGUAGCAAUCUAGUUUGUUUGAUUAAUUAGUUUACAUAUCGUUAACAGGUACACUGUAAUUAACGUGUAUAAUCCAUUUACCAAUAUGGCGGAAUCGUUUAAAUUACCAAGAGAUGAAGGAAUUUCGGAAGUACUAAAAGCGUCCGAAAACCGUUCAAGAAUAGCAAAUGGACAAAACAGUAACGUGGCUGACGAUGAAAAAAUACAAACUGCUAGUUGCGAUUGCGAUACGAUGGAACCACAUACUGAGAAUGCAGAUAAACUUGGUGAAAAUCACAUGCCAGCUGAUAGAUCAGGAUUGACAAAACCGGUUAACUCAAAUGAACAACCCCAGCAGUUUACGGGACAAAUUGACUUGUCAGACCCUGAUAGUGUGAUUGAAAUGCUUGAAAAUGUUGAUCUCACAGAAGAAGAUACAGAACUUUUAUUACAAGAAGCAUAUAGCAUGAACAGAAAGCUGAAGGAAAUAUUGCGUAGACAGGAAGCUGGUGCAUUGUCAGGCAGCAAAGAACCCACCAAGAGUCAGAAAUCUAAGUCUAAAGGAAAAAUGGGAACCAGUCAAGGUAGUUCAACGACUUCAUCUUCUUCUGGAUCACGAGUUAACUCUUCGUUCGGUGCAAGAAGUAUUUUGCCACCAAUAACAGGGGAAACCAGUGUGUAUGCGAUUAAAUUGAAAAGGUCAUCAACAGAGGUUCCAGUAAAAUGGUCUACAAAUGACUUACCUGCACAAAGGUCUCGUUCAACAAAGCAAGCACCCCGAAAGUUUCAGGUUAACCAUUACUUGAAAAGUAAAUCUAUCAUUCAGGAUGUUAACUGGUUGACUGGAGACAGGCUCCCCAACCCGGAGACAUAAAACCUUAGAGCCCAAACCUGAGUGGAAUGACAGAUUCAGCUACUCUUGAUCACUUCAGUUAACUGGGGAUUUAGCAUUGUUUGACCACAACAAUUUAUUUGGAAAUUUACUAACAUUUGCUCACAGUUUAAUGUAGAAUUUGGUUACCUUUGCCUACGAUUAUAUUUAACUGCGGGAUGAAGAAAUUAUUGACCAUAACACUUCGGAAUUGAGGAUGAUCACUAAUCAGAAUCACUUGUUCACUACAUGUACACAAGUAGUAAUUAAACAGAAAUGUAGAUUGAAUCACAAUCUCUUUUUAAUGACAUUAGAUAUUUAUAUUUAUAUAUAUAUGUGUUGUUGUUUUUUCAUCAUUUCUACAUCAUAUACAUUUUAGUUGCUAUUCAAUAUUUCAACUGAUUAUAAUGUAUUGAUAUUCCCCAUUUUAAAUGUUUUUCAUUAUUCAUCGUCAAUGGUUCAUAAGUGCUUAUUGUAUGAUAUUGAAAAUUGCAAUAAAGGUUAGACACAUGAUUGAAACACAUAGAUGAUGAUUUAUUUGUAUGCCCCCUGGAUCGAAUGAUCAGGAGUAUAUUGUUUUUGGCCUGUCAUUCUGUCCCAAAACAUUAACUUGGUUAAAGUUUUGCAAUAACUUUUGCAAUAUUGAAGAUACCAACUUGAUAUUUGGCAUGCAUGUAUAUUUCAUGGAGCUGUACAUUUUGAGCGGUGAAAGGUCAAGGUCAUCCUUCAAGGUCAAAGGUCAAAUAUAUGGCUUCAAAGCGGCACAAUAGGGUGUAUUGUGUUUCUGACAAGCACAUCUCUUGUUUAUUUUACAGAAUUAUUGUACUUUUGAUUUUUGUUUGUGUUCUGUCACACUUAAACAACCACCAAUCCAGUAUCUAUUAUGUAGCAUAAAUAUUUUCAAUAUAUCUUAGAAUGCUUAUGAUCAUCCAUAACAUAUAAUUGUAAAUACACUAUUAGUCAAAUACCGGUGUCACCGUAGGGGACUAUAAGUGUGUCCUCUAGCUGUAACUAUAAUGUCCGUCUGUCAGUCCAUCUGCCCACAAAAUUUGUUUCUGUGUUUCUUUAAAAAAAAAUUACUUACAGAAUAAUUCAUGACCCCUUUUCUAUAGAGGACAAAGGUUAGUUAAAUUGCUUUUACAACAAAUAGGACACAGCUUUAAAUUGUAAGAACUCAUUAAGAACAUAAGUUUGUGUACAAAUUCAGUUAAAAGUUUUCAUCGCAUCUAUCUAACAACCCUGUCCUCAUUUUAUUUAUCAAUCUGUCUGUUUGACUGUAGAAAAACUGCAAUGUUGGAAUCACUAGAAAAGCACAUGAGAUAUUAUCACCAAACUUGAUAAUCACAUACAAUAAUAGGUUUUUUGCAUGUGCAUCUGUCAAUCUCUUCCCCUGUGCAUCCGUGUAUCUGUCCUUUUGUCUGCAAAAAUUGAAAUAUCGGAGAGAAGUUCAUAUAUUGGGUCCAUGUUAUUAAAAUUAGGACAGAACUUUACCGGUAUAUUAUUAGUACUCAACGAUCACACAAGAUUUUAACAUGAAGCUUGGUAAUGUUAUUCACUAUAUGUGGCCUUAUUUCUGUCUGUCUAUCUGAUAACAUCUAUUCACCCAUUUUUCCAUCUGUCUUUGUUAAUCAAUACAUUUUAGUAUUAAAAGUGAUGCAUAACCCUUUAAUUAUGCACAUUUCAUAGUUGACUGUUACAAAUAAUACAAGAAUUAUACAAAAUAAUGCAUUUUGGCAUGCGUAAAAUAAAAUAUCAGCAUGAAUCUUGGUAUAAUACACAUGAAUAGGAAUGUAACUGUAAUAUGCACAACUUUUUUCAUCAGAAGUCACUUGUAUGGUGGAUGUUAACACUUUGCAUGCUGGGAAAUUUGUUGUGUACUAAAAUGUUGUCUUCUGAAUUUCUAAAAUUAGCAUUUUCUUCGAUUUUUUUCAAAGAAUACUAUCAGAAUAGCAAACAGUUUGGAUCCUGAUGAGACGCCAUGUUCUGUGGCAUCUCAUCAGGAUCAAAACUGUUUGCAAAGGCCUUCAAAAUUUGGUUCCAGCACUGAAAGAGUUAAACAAUACAGUACUAUUGCCAUGUUAAGCCUUUACCACUUAGAUACUUUUUUAACGCAUCUGUAGUCUCUUCGAAAGUUAUAUUAAAUUAUGGACCUUUCUUACAAGAUUUAAGUUUUAAAGGCUUUAUUUUUAACCCAAUAGAUGUUGAUGAGCAGCAUAGAACAGACUACAAGCUACUCUCCGGCUGUUCUGAUGUUAUGCUGUUUGCACAUAGCCAUUUUCACUUUGCGUCUGAGUGGGAAAUGGUUAAAUGGACAGGGGUUUCAUUGUGAAUUAUUACAAGUGUACAGCUAGGGGGCAAUAUGAAUGUAAUGCACAUUUUUAUUGUUAAAGGUUUUCAUCAAACUGUUUGGUACUUCUUUAUUGAUUGUUAUACUGUCAAAGAUUUGUUUAAAUUGUGGAGCAAUAUUCUUUGGGAAUCAAUUUUGAAACAAUAGAAUUGUACAACUAAACAAGAACUGUGUUUGUGAAACACAAUGCCCCCUACUGCGCUUUGAAGCUGCACGGCAGCUAUUAUAGAAACAAGGUUAUAUUUUUAAUGUAAAGAUCACAGCGACCUUGACCUUUGACCUAGUGACUUCAAACCAUGUUUGAUCAUAGAUCUCAAUGAGAUGCAUGCACAUGUGAAGUUUAAAGAACAUAGACCCAAGAGUUUUCAUUUUAUAAGCAAGGUUAAAGUUUUGGGACAGACACACACAUACAAUGACAGACAGACAGACUGGCUAAAAAACAAUAUACCCCCUGAUCAUUCAAUCUGAGGGGGCAAUAACAAAAUGAAUUGUUAAUUGUUUAUAACAUCAAAGCGAUACAUUUAUAUUUGCAUGAAUAAACUAAAAUUAUUAUUUUGUCCUGAAAAUAAAGCUUUGUUGAUAAUAUCAGACUAUUGAAUUGUGUUGUUUGGAUUACCCAGACCCAUUUCUUGUGAUUAUUAACCAAAGUUUCUCAUGGUAUUAUUGAUUUACAUGUGUAUUGCUAUACAAAGUUCAGUGUGCUGUCAAUGUUGUGAUAUUUGCAUGUGAAAAUUUUGCUUAUCUUUGUGACUCAUAGUGUUAAGAAUUUGUUAUACAUGGCUUUAUUAUAAAUUGAGCUACAUCAUGCAUAAAUGAGUCUUAUGCCAUAUGCAGCCAGAAUAGCUCCCGACCAGCCUGCUCAAUUUUUGUCAGGAGCUACGCUGUCCACUGAAACGUACCACAAGUUGCCGUAAUCUCAAUAGAGGAAAGGGAAGCUCCUGACCAGAUUAUGCAGAUGCACAAUAUCAGCUGAGGCUAUGUUGGCUGAUAUGACAUAAAACACAUUUUCACAUGACUAGGUUUAACUGCUUAUUUUAGUUUGUCUUCACUUGUUUGACAUGAAACCGUACUGUAACACGUUACAUGUAAUAACACAUUAAAAAUAAUAUGAUAUAUAUAUAUGAAAUAUUCAAGAGAAUGUUAUUGUUGAUAUAUUUAUGUAUAAUAAACAGGAUGAGAUUUU